AUGGAUCGCACAAAAUGGCUCGAUGGCCUUCGUGGCAUUGCAGCCGCCAUCGUCGCCUUUGACCAUUUUUUCAUGGGCGAUAUUUGGCAUCCCUUUUUGUCUUUUUGGGCCGAUCCGCCGGAAGACAACAGGCGAUUUAUACAACUUCCUCCUAUCCGAAUUCUCUUCUCGGCACAUGCGAUGGUGACACUUUUUAUGGUCAUUUCGGGAUAUGCAAUUUCCAUCAAUCUCGUAAAGGCUAGGGAACAACAAAACCACAUGCUUCAACGAGGCCAACCCUUUCUCAAUCGGCUGUCUUCCGCUGUCAUGCGAAGAAUCUUUCGAAUCUAUCUCCCUGUCUUGGUGAUUUCAAUUAUCAGUCAACUUCUCUUUUUUUUCAAUCUGUAUCAUUGGACAUUUGAUGAUGGGGUGCUCAGAGGAAUCAAGCCUUGGACUUCCCCAUUGGCUCAUGUCAAGUGGUUAAUCAUUUAUAUGAUGGAUAGCAUGAAUAUGAUUGCCUUUGAAUAUAACGGGGGCUUCAAUGGGCAGUUAUGGACAAUGCCGGUUGAGUACCGGGGAUCAUGUGUCAUUUAUCUAUUUGUGAUCGGACUGGCAGGCUGGAAACGAAAUCUGCGACUAUGGAUCCUGCCUGCUCUAGCAAUUUAUUUUCUAUGGUAUGGAAUCUGGGAUGUUUUUGGAUUCCUCUGGGGUCUCUGGUUGGCGGAGAGGACAGUUGGGGGCAAUGGGUCCGGAGAGCAUAGGGCAACUGAGCAUGGAAUGCAUACAUUAGACGAGAUGAACAAUGCUGACGAUGACGAGUUCGACGAACCUGGGAAACUUUUAACAGUACAUCGCUUUCCAGGUCAGUACUACUGGCGACGUUACAUCGCAAAAAGUCGAAUGACACUCAUGUCUGAUAUCUUAACCGCGGUUGCUUUCAUUAUGGGCUUUCAUCUUCUCUGUCUUGGAGACGAUGGCCACCUUACUCCGGGGUAUCAGUGGCUGACAGCAUUGAACUCUUCUAAAUGGAAAGACAACUGGCAGGUUUACCAUUGGUGCUGGAAGUCUGUCGGUGCUGCUCUACUCGUCUAUGCGGUGAGCAACUCACGAAUGCUGCAGCAACCAUUGAACACUGCAUUCGUCCAGUACUUGGGAAAAAUCUCCUUUUCCUUGUACCUAGUUCACCAGGCUAUAUAUCAUCUAUGGAGAGAACCGGUGAGAAAUUGGUUAUACCUAACAAUAAAUGGGAACCCAUACCCUGGUACAGUGGGUGCUGAUCCAAUAGCUUUCCACUUGGCUUGGUGGAUUUCAGCAUUAAUUCUCGGCCCGAUUGUGACUAUGGUAGCACACUACUAUACCAUUUACGUGGAUAACCGAUGCGUGACGUUUACCAAGAGGCUGGAAAAGUGGCUAACCACCUAA